UGAUUAACUGCUACAACGCGUACAGCAUUGGACAAAAAUAUCAGGUAUGCAACAGAGGCGAGGAGCUGAGAAGCUAUCCGUUUAAUCAACAGAAAAGGCUGCAGAAGACACGAGGUCUUUGAGUGGCACUUGAAGAAGCAGAUGGUUUGAAAGUAUCUAAAAAUAUUUUAUCACUGCCAUGUUGCAUCGCCGUUAUACGUCCAUAGCGGAAGAACCCGAAAGUGGAGAAACCAGCUUACCCGAAGGUAAGAGAAGUGGCAGGCUUAUUUCUGUCGCUACGGUAGGACUUAGUUUAAGGAAAGCCUUCUGUAUUUUAGGGCAAUAGCUAGAAAAAGUCGUGGACUGACUAACAAAGUUGUGGUCGACGGUACGCUCAAUUAACCCGUGCCUCGUUUUACGGUAUUUUCAAGCUACACAAGAACGAAAGACGUCGAGAAAAGGUUUUGAGGUCAAAUCAGAGAAUAGAAUUCGUGACCUCAGUAUCGUACAGAAGGCUGCGCACUAACCAAGUGUGCUUGUAUGUCCUACUCCGAUAAACAAACAGUAUUCAUAUCUCGGUUAAGAUACAGCUCAUGACUGUAUAGCGAUGAAUUUCUAGGAAGUGUAGGUUUAUACUCUCGAAAGACAGGUUUCCAGGCCGAACAGUCGGUGCUUCCCUGUGGUGAUGUGCCACUCGGGUUUCCAAAACAGUUUUAAGACUUCAUGAUUAAGGGAGUUCUUCGAUGUUUGAACCUCGGAACAAGAAAAAAGGCGUGAAAACAUAAAACCCUUGACAACCCUUAAAGGGCUCUACGGAGAACAGCAUACAAUUCUCCACACUCUGUUUCGUACUUUUCCUAAGUUAUUAAUGUAGAGAAUUUGUUUUAAUAAUCAAGACUUUUUUCAGUUGUUGAUUAUUUCUGUUUUCUCAUGACCUUUAAGUUUGAGAAGUAGUACUAUUUCAUGAAACUAAAUUCCUUACAGUAGAUAUUCAGCAAAUAACGUUUUUGGAAAAGCUGGAAAAACGAAGGUUCUUAUAAGCGGGGUUUACUGUACUGUAACACUGCAUACCAAUGUUUACAAAGUCAAAUGUUGUUAUCUAAGUGAAAAACUGGUUUACAUUUCAAGGUAUAACAAACGCAUGUAAAUAAACUUACUUUAAUUUUUAUUUCAGUGUUUGCUUACUUAUUUUUAUAUUUCAGAGAGAAAUAUCAAAGAAACAACAGACGACAAAAAUCUCAGUUUUACGAAAACGCGAAACAGGGAGUCCUCCAGCCGACAAUCAGCGACGAGUGCCCGACUGUCGACCUCGGAACUCACCGAAAACACACUGGACGAAUCGGAAAGCGAUCGGCUUUCGUUGUCAGAGGACGAAGAUUUAUUCGCCGAAGAAGCCGAAAACAAGUCCCAAAGAAAAGACAAGCGGGCGUCAAGUAAACAAAGCAACAGUUACCUACACCGAGCGUCGAAAUACGAAGAAGAGAUCUUGAAGUCAGUGAAAUUAACUCCUGAUCAAAUUCGUGAGAUAAAGGAGGCCUUCCAUGUUUUUGAUAACAAUGGCGACGGAUGUAUUACCGCCACAGAACUGAAAAAACUGGUCACCUCGCUUGGUUAUAAUAUAACAGAAGCAGAGCUUAUGGACAUGAUGAAUCAAAUAGGUAAACUGAAGUAUGAAGGUUGCGCCAGCUCUCUCUCGUUAUCAUAAAACGCUUUGAGUAACCUCGUUCAUAUUUUGAAAAAAAAAAGUACAUAACAUACUGAAAUAGAAAAACUUAGGUAAUGUUCCCAAUAUACCGGGAAGCUUUUCCGCCGCCACAAAAGCCAUAUCAGACAGGGAUUCUGUUCACACAUAAGAACGGUGAUUUCUACGCGAUUUGUCUGACGAAGCGAAUCUGCGCCGCGCGGCUCUGUAAACUGGAGAGUCUCAUAUGGGAUAGUGUUAACAGCAUACCGUAUAGCCUUUUGUGUCGACGCAAAAAGCUCUUCGGUAUAGUGUAAACAUUGCCUUACAAGAAAAAAAACCGCGCGAAUAUGAAUGCGAACCAACACUGAACGACCAAAAUGACCAACCAUCGAAGUCAGGGGUGGGGGAGGGAAAAGACCCCCCUCUCUGCUUACCAUGAGAGCUUCUUCGCAGGCGUAAUUUUCGUCCCUUAACGAGCCACGGCGCGUCUCUAUCGUUUCGUCAGAAUAUUUAACUCGGACUAAUUCGCCACCAGUUACAUUUUCCGUGUCUGUCGAUGAGAUCUGGGGACUCUUAAGUUCUGAUUUUACGUUUAAAAUAUGUUCUUGAUGUUUCCUUUUUAGAUGCAGACGGUAACGGCGCCAUUGACUUCCCAGAAUUCCUCGCAUUGAUGACAAAAAAUCUAGAAGACUGUGAUCCGGAAGAUAUUUUACUGGAAUCUUUCAAGGUGUUCGACAGGGACGGCAGUGGUUUCAUAGGCGUUACUGAACUCGACCGACUCUUCAAGCUGCUCCGUCAAGACUUCAAAGAUUACGAGAUCGAGGCCAUGAUAAAGGCCGCUGACGCCGAUGGCGACGGGCUCGUAGGUUGGGAAGACUUCACAAAAAUGAUGAACGUUUGAAUGGAUUGGACAUUUCUGGCCUGCGAUCGAGCUCUCCAUUUGCGGGAGUCUCUAGAAAUCACGCGAGAGCCGCACGCGAAAGGAGACUCGGGUGCGAUGGCGCGUUGUUCGCGAUUCCCUUCGCUCGCCAUAACCGGAGAGCUUGCUGGGAGGCAAGGACAUUACAACGAAUAAACCGACGUGACCUUGGAGCUUAGGUUAUUACAUACUACUGAAGUAUUAUGAAAAAAAGUAUAAGAUACAAAACAAAAUUAAAAUAUGUCGAAUAUGUAGAAAUCUGUGUACUUUCUAGCUAGCAAACUAGCCUGAAAUAUUUCGUCAGCUUGGAGG